AUGAGCACGCCAUGGCGCCCACGUGGCCCCCUUGGUGCCAACAGCGUGCUCGUCGCCAACGGAUGCGCGCGCAUGAGAGAAGACAGAUGGCGACUGUCGCUGCUCGAAGCUGUGCAAGGAAGAGGAAAACUCGGAAACAGCCGGCGGCACUAA